AAGAAGAAGAAGAAGAAGGCGAGCUCUCACGUUGCUAGGAAACAGUUGUUUGGUAGUUUCAGCAUGUGAAGCGACAAGCCACUCUGUUUUUGUUUGAGGUGAUAAUAACGCGUUCACAAAUAAUGCCGCCAAAAAGAAAAUCUUCUAACAAGUCCAUAAAGGGCAAAACUCCAACAGUAGUGGAUGGCUUGUCCACAGAUGAGAUGUCUAAAGAGCAGUUGGAGGAGCACAUUGUGCGUCUGCGAGAGGAGCUGGACAGAGAAAGAGAGGAACGCAACUAUUUCCAAUUAGAGAGGGACAAAAUCCACACGUUUUGGGAAAUCACCAAAAGACAACUGGAAGAGAAAAAGUGUGAACUAAGAAAUAGAGAGCAUGAAAGGGAGGAGGGUGAGGAGCGCCACCAAGUGGAAAUUAAGGUUUAUAAGCAGAAGGUGAAACACUUGCUGUAUGAACAGCAGAACAUGAUUUCUGAGCUGAAGGCUGAAGGUGUUGUCAGCACCAAACUGCUGCAGAAGGAACAUGCUGACCUUGAAAAUCAGCUGCGGAAGGACAUGUGCUGCUUGAAAGUGGACGUUAAAGAGCAGGAGCUGUCCAGUGAGAAUGUGAUCAGGAGCCUUCAUCUGAAACAUGAUGAGAAAAUUACUUUUCUGAGAAAUGAAUUUGCCAGACAAGUACAAGAAAUUGAGUCUAAAUAUAAGAAAAGGAUGCAGAAACUACGGCAGGAGGAAGAACUAAGACGCAAAACAGAGAUUCAUGAGAUUGAGGAGCGAAAGAACAGUCACAUUAACAUGCUGAUGAAGAAUCAUGAGAAAGCUUUCAGAGACAUCAGAAACUACUUCAGUGACAUUGUCUACAAGAAUCUGGACCUUAUCACGUCACUCAAGGAAGAGUUGAAGGAGAUGAAAAGGAAGGAGGAGAAGAGAAAUAAAGAGAUGGCUGAAGUGCUUGAGGAGAAUAAGUACCUUAGAGAGUCUCCACAAAAGGCCAAAGAGGAAGUCGCAGAACUCCUGAAACGACUCGCCAACUAUGAGAAGGACAGGAGCGCUCUAGCUAGAACAAGAGCUCGUCUCAAAAUAUCUGAGAGAGAAAUAAAGGAGCUUAAGUGGGUGCAUGAAGUGUUGGAACAGAGAUUUACUAAGGUUCAGUCGGAGCGAGACGAGCUGUACAUGAAGUUCUCUAAAGCAAUCCAGGAGGUUCAGCAGAAGAGUGGCUUUAAAAACCUGCUACUGGAGUGCAAACUGAGUGCACUCAAUGACACGCUGAAAAAAAAGGAAGCACAGCUUAGUGAGGUGCUGUCUGCUUCCAACCUAGACCCCAGCACCUUCAACAUGGUCACCCAUAAACUAGAGGAAGUUUUGGAGUCCAAAAACCACACUAUCAGAGACUUACAGUAUGAAGUGGCACGAGUUUGUAAGGCACAUAAUGACCUGCUGAAGACCUCUGAAGCAAAGCUGCGUGCAUUUGGGAUCGCUGUGGAAAACCUUGGCUUUAAGCCACUUGAAAGCAGUUCUGGACAGAGUUUUGACUGAUUCGUGAAUGUGGAGCGCACAUGAACACAAGAGGCAGGAUUUAUCACAUGAACCACAGCUGAACAUAACCAAUCUCAAGAUUCUCAAGAAACACUGUCUAUAAAGGCUAAUGUUUUUUAGCCAGAAAGACCUGAAACUGCAAUUAAAAGAUACUCUGCUCAAUGUCACACAAUCAGCAGUAAAAACCUAUUUAGAUACAAAGGAGGGAGCAAAAGCCAUCUGCUUGACACUUCAUCAGGCAGUUUCCUGGAAACCUCUGCAGCCACAGAAGGAUCAAUUCAGGCAAGCCCUGAAACAGCACAUGGAGUGACAACUAAAGACCUCAACUGAAUGGCCAGAAAUAUCCAGGCAUUUACACCAGAACUUGCAGGAGACCAUGACUUCCACGCCUACCUGUGAGACAUUGACUUUCACCUUGCGGUCGUGGAACCACCAAAAUAAACUAUUUCUGCUUUGGAUCACCUCUAGCCUAGAGGUGCAACACCUCUUGACUUGACAGCCAGGACACAUUCAAUUGGACUACCAGCAGCUGAAACAAGCCAACCUAAAAGAGUUCUCAGACCCAGCCUCUAAACACAGACUGAUCAUUGCCCUAGCCACCAAACAGGGCCGGCAUGAAACUCCCCAUGCUUACUACCACAGACUUCAAUGUAGAGGUCUGCAUGGGCUUUAAACUGAAACCCAAACCCGGCCCAUACCCAAGAUUGUUUGACCCGACCCGACCUGACCUGAGCGGCACUGUUAAAUUUAGAGCCCGAACUCGAAAUUGAUUUUUACAACACAGCCAAGCUAUUAACGUUAACGUUUCCAGCAAUUUCUCUGAGGGGAAGAGCUAACGUUAGAUGCUGAGCAGGGCCGCUGCUAACCAAAUGGGUGCCCUAAGCAAAAUUGUAUGUUUGUGCCCCCUCCCUCAAAUAUUAUGGAAGUUUAAACACAUUCACAUUUUCAAAAUAUAACUUUAAUAAAAUAUAAAAGUAAAUAAAUAAAUAAUUUGUAAUUAUAAAUAUUUAGAAAUUUCAAGUGUAGCUCUAGAGUCUAGACAGUUACCUGUGGCUAUAAUUUUAUUAAUACAGUUGUCAGAUUGAUUUUCUAGUCUUAAGCAUUGAAAAACCACACAAAAGAAAAUUUAGGAGUAUUACUACGAUAAGGUGGUAGUAGGUGUAGUUUAUUUACAGCACCACAGAUAUAUACAAAAGUCCAUGAGUGAUGGCAUGAAAAAUAUAUAGUGUUUCACCAAUGCAAAAAAAGUGACAAAGUGACAAAGAAACAACAAACAGGAAAAUAAAGAUGAAAAAGAUAUAUACAAAAUAUACACAAAAGGUAUUCUCAGUAUACUUGUUUUGAUAGGUGUUGCUCAAGGCACUACUGCUGCAUGCUCGCAUUCGACUUGGUUAAUAAGUGAUAAAUGUGAGUCUGGCAUCCCUUUUUAUAGGCCAGACUCCGCCCCUUCUUUGGACGUACCAUAUUUUAAAACUUUGCAUUUUCCAGUAACCUCCAUACAUAUAUACAACAGUCAUAUCUUAUAAACACAAAACCUUAUUUCAACAUAAAAACAAAAUAAAACCACUAAUACAAAUGCAUGUUGUUUUCUUUGCCAGUCUUUAACACGUCUUUAACACAUUUGAUAAUGGUUUUGCCCGAUUUCAAGCUCAGCGCACCGGUGCAGCGCCAACCCAUGACGUCAUAAGCGGUUGACGCGUUAUCGCUUUGUUUUGCCGGUGCCACCAGCAAGACUAACUAUGCCAAACACGCGGGAUGAACAACAAACACAGAAUACACAACAUAAAUGAGACAAUGCAUAGCAUGUAUGAUUGGGAUGAAUCUCAAUCAUACAUGCAGGGUAAUGUAACGUGUGAAACUGUCCAUGGGCUGUCAAGUGUGCACCCGCUCAGCUGACAAUAAGACGGAGGGGAAAGGAAAACAGCGUGGUGAGUGUGUGUGUGCGUGCUGUACCCAGCGGGGAAUAUCUACUUCAUCACAAUUCCUGUUAUUAACCAUGUAAAUAUCAUACUUCUUAAUCUGGUUCAAGCAGAGUAACAACCUAUACUUAUGUAGGGAAGACCGGAGAGUGUUGUAACAUGGGGUUAGUUGUAACACCGUCAGUUUGACAAGUCAGAAAUGAGCUGUGGUGAUGCCAGCCCGGGCUGUAAAGCUGGGCUCACAGCGCUGCAAGCCAUGCCGCCUCCGCCCUGCACGCUAUGGGCCUCCUGCAUUAUAUAAGGCCAUGAUUCUGACAUGCACAAGGGUAGUUCUGACUCGAGGUUGAUACAGGAACUGCGUACGGUGACUGAAAAGUCUCUGUGCAGUCCCUCGGUCAGGUGAUGUCCAUUUUGUGGCCUAAAAGUGUUAUUCUGGCUGAACCUAGUAGAGAUAUGUGACACCGACAAAGCUCGCUUUCUUGGUGUUCCGUCUCUCAGGCCAGCCUCUUCGGCGACACUGUUCAGGACUUUUCCCAGUGGUCUUGGGCAGUUCACACGCAGCAAAAGAACUUGGAGUGCCCAUGGAAGGGCCGCGUUUUUCGUCUGCCUGUCGCAACUGCAGGACUGCUCCGCUCCCCUUCGGGGGUGAUGAGCUGGCCACACCUAGGGGGCGGAGUCUGCCAUUGGGUUGCCUUGCAUGAAACAGGUCUUCCUGAAAGCAGACUACCCAGGGAUUAGAGGAUUGCUCUGGGAAUACCCUUGGGAAAGACAAGGGCUUUCUCUACCGCUGCCGCCUCUGACCUAUGGGUCAGCAGGUACCCACCCCUUCAAUAAAAGAGCGAUUUUCUCUAUGUCCUUUGGGUUUCUUAAAACAUGUUGAGUUUGUCUGUGAGCGACACAGGUCUUCCUCUCACCCAAGCUCAACACAUGGUCUCACCGUCUAAACUGGGGAUGCAGGACACGUCGCUUCCUCGCACUCUAGUGGAAACAACGCGGUAUUGUGGAUCAGGUAAGGCUGCCUUAGCAGCCUGGAG